GUUCGUUUUUAAAUCAAAAGCAACGGCAGACAAUGAAGUAGACCAAAUUUGCACUUUACUAAAUUUAGCAACUCAAGGUCAAGGAUGAAGAACAGCUUCAGACAUAUGGCUGUUGCUAAAAGCAAUUUGGGAUUCCGGCUUGUUGUUUCGUGUCUGUUGCUCCUCAUUACAGAUUGCCAGAGUGCUCAGAGGCAUUUCAACAAACAUGUUGCGCUCUUCAUUUUCGGUGAUUCACUUUUUGAUUCUGGAAACAACAACUACAUAAACACUAAUCCGAACUUUCAAGCGAAAUUUUGGCCCUAUGGCGAAUCAUACUUCAAUCCGCCAGCGCCAAGUGGAAGAUUCUCUAAUGGCCGUCUCAUCCCUGAUUUCAUCGCUGAGUUUGCUGGAUUGCCUCUCAUUCCUGCGUAUCUUGACCCCCAUUACCAUAAUAAAGAAUUUGGGUAUGGAGCAAAUUUUGCGUCAGGGGGAUCUGGUGCAUUAGUCGAGACCAAUGGAGGGCUUGUAGUUGAUCUCAAAACACAGCUACAGUAUUUCUUGGAUUUAGAGAAACGUUUUAGGAAGAAUUUAGGAAACUUGACCGAUGUGUUCAAGGAAAUCCAUGAAAAAGGUGGGAGGAAGAUUGGAAUCGCGAUGAUCCCGCCAUUAGGUUGUUUGCCUAUAGCUCGUGCACAACAGCCAUGCAAUACAUGCUACGAAGAAUUUAACACCAUAGCAAGUCUACACAAUCGAGCAGUUUCUAAGAAAAUGAAAGAGAUGACAAAACAAUUUGAAGGAUUCAUGUUUGCAAACUAUGAUCAUUCAACUGCACUUAGCAAACGGAUGAAGAACCCAUCAAAAUAUGGGUUUUUAUUUGAUGAUCAUCUAAUGUAUACUUCUAUCCAUCUACAUAUUUUAUUUGAGUUUUUGAGAUUAUAUAAUGGAGAUUCAUCGAUUGGCUCCUUUUAA